UAAUUCAGUUGACGCUGGCGCUGCACUAUGGAGGCAGAAAAGGGAUGGCUGUAUAACUCAGAAACUGUUGCAAAAAUACAGCUUUUCUUUGGAUUAGAAUGUGUACCAGUUAAAGAGAUACAAGAGGAAGAAUCACUUCGAACCACCGUAAAAGAAAACGGUUCUGACAGUGACAAUUACCUGUCAAACGGGAUAAAACACAGACAUGUUUCAUUGCAACAGGGAGGCAAUCGGACAUCACACGAACCGGGAAGUUCUGGGGACGAGGAGCUGCGGCUUGGUGACCCCGACGCCACUGCUGCAGCGGCUCCCAUUGACUAUCGGGUGCACAACAGAUUUUGGUACUACCUUUUCGCUUUUGGAGCUGCUUUAGGAGAUGAUAUUUUCUAUUACACCGUUUACCCCUUCUGGUUCUUCAAUAUAUCAUCCUGGGUUAUUCGGAGAGUGGUUCUCAUGUGGGGAUUACUGAUGUAUGUGGGGCAGUCAAGCAAAGAGAUCAUCAAAUGGCCCCGCCCCCUUUCGCCUCCAGCUGCACCUCUGGAAAGACGAUACUUCCAAGAAUAUGGGAUGCCUUCCACCCAUGCUAUGGUUGGAACUUUGGUUCCCUUCACAGUCUUAGUAGUUACUUGGGACAAAGUUGAGUAUCCAAAAGAGAUUGGAAUUAUAUUAGCUACUUUCUACACCCUCCUAGUGUGUAUGAGCCGACUGUACAAGGGCAUGCAUUAUAUUUUGGACAUCAUCAUGGGCAUUGUUAUUACAGCGAUCUUGAUGGCUGUUGUAUUCCAAUUCUUGGAAUCUUUAGAUGCAUUCCUCAUCACCCAUCGGUAUGCACCUCUAUUCGCCAUGGCAACAGCCUUCUUUCUCAGCAUCAUCUACCCCACCCAGGAUGGUUGGAGUAGCACCCGUGGUGACACCAUCGUCAUCAUGGGGGUAACUACCGGUAUCUACUCCUCAUUAUGGCUGUGUCACCAACAGGGCAUCCCUCCCAUUUACGAUGAACUCCCGCCCACGCAAAUUAACUGGCCAGGCCCAUACAGCAUUUUCCUCAUGAUCUGUCGACAGGUAAUCGGGUUAACACUGAUGGGUCUUUCACAUCUCACAUUCAAAACAAUCAUCCUUGGAAUACUCUCGACCAUAAAUGGGGAGAAGAUAACGGAAGAGACGAAAAGGAAAUCAUGGAUUGAGAUACCUUAUAAAUACAUCACUUAUUUUGCGAUAUGUGUUGCUUCUAAUUAUCUGUCACCAUUGGCAUUUCAAAAGGUUGGGUUGUAAGAAAAGGGCAUAUUAGAGUUCAAAUUAUGUUAAAGGUGACAGGGUCAUUAUCUUUCUUGAGAUUGGGUAUUUAUAACACAUUCAAGGUCGAAUUAAGUGCUGUAAUAACCAAAGGAAAAAGUGCUAUAUUUUGUAAUUUGUCAUUAAAUGGUUUCUUAAGUAUACAUGAAUAUUUUGUAUCUGUUGCAAUGGGCCAUUUCACUAUGCUGAUCUUGCUUUGAUUUAGCAACCUACAGAUUAAGCAGGAUCGGGAAGAUUUACCUUUUAUAUAGAGUUAGUGGAAAAAUACUUUGCAUAACAAUUUUUUUUAAGUGGAAAGGGGGCAUAAUUAGUCCUUGUGUUUCUGUUAGUACAUCUGGAAAGACAUAAUUGUGACUUUUUUCCCAAAACAAUGGGUGAUCUAAAAUAUUAUAAUGAAUUACUCCUAGGUAUGAAGUAUAUAUGAGAGUAUGAUAAUUUCACAUCCAUUUGACAUUGAGAAAAUUCAACAUUCACUGUCGUUUAAAUAUUUUGGGGGCCUCUCAGAUGCUAUUAAACCUGGGCACAGACUCAUUCUAGUGACUGAAUAAUUUUGCAAAAUAUAUUCUCUAGUAGUAGUAAUUUGGAAUUUUGAGUCAUAUUUCUUCACCUCUGUUGAAUUCAGAUUUAUGAGUAUUUAUUUUUAUAACCUCAUGUAAGACAAUGUUUCACCAAAAUAAUUUUAGUACUAUUGAGUUGGAGUGGACUACAAUGAUAUUCUUGUGCAGGUAUAUACAAAUUAACAUGAUCAGCCAUUGCAGGUCUAUACUAACUUGUUGCUGACAAAGUAGAUUGUUUAUUUCAUCCCAAGCUAUUAUAAUUUUUCCAAGAUAGGGAAGUCCUACAGCAUUGCAUAAUGAUGUACAUGUAAGAUCAUGUGUCUUUUCUUUUAACCCUAUAUUAUUGUUAUUUAAAGAUGUAUUUUUUUUUCAUUUUAUCCCAAAAGGACAGUAUUUAUAUACAUGUAGCUCAGUCAUGUUGAAAACUGCUGCAAAACAUAUUAUAUGGCAAGUAGAUAUUUUUUAAAAUGUAGACUUGAACCUCAUGCAUGGAUCUAUCUGGACUUGAAGUACACAGACAUGAAGGAGCCGACUACUGUUAUUCAUUGUACAUGUAGUUUAUGAUUGCAUGUUCUGUGUAUUAAAGAGGUCUUUACUUCUCUGUGCUCACACUUUGGUACAGUUUAGAGAACUUUUUAAGGACUUGGUCAAUACUGCAUCUAUUAGGAGAAGAUAAACUGAGUGUUGUGUUUAAGUGUUAAUGCCUUAGUGUGUCAGAACCUUGUUAUCUGGAAAGUAAACAUAUUACACUGAUAACAAGUUUGUAAAAAGUUCAGUGUACAGUUAUUCUAAGUUCUCAUUAUGUACAUUGUAGAAUUGGAUGUACUGGAACACUACACUUCCUUCAUGCCACUGUUGUACAGUUGUAGGAGUGUGAGGAGGGCAUACAUGUAUGUUCAAUGUGGUAUAUUGGUUUGAAGAAAAUACCACCAAAUAUAAUCUAGAAUUCUAGACCAUACUUUUCGAAUGUAGUAUAUUAGGGCAUGGUAUUAAAAAUGUACUAAUUUAUUUAUUUAUUCCAGCAUGGUGAACUACAGUGUAUUUGAUUACCAGAGUUAAAGCAGGGUUGAUGAUAUCCAAAUUUAUUGGAACUGGAAACCUAAUAGAGAGCAAAUUACUUGCUAUUUGUGCUAUGGACAUUGUGUUGUAAUGAAUAAUCAUUACAAAAUAAUUAUUGCUGGUUAAAAUGCAAAUUGAUAUUAUGAAUUAUAUAACCUUGUUAAUGUGUAUUCUUUAACAGUAUUGUACUCCUUGCCUUCCAUAUGUUCUGAUUCUUUCUCUUUUUGUUAUGUUAUCCCUCCAAAAAAAUAUUGUUAUUAUCAAUUUAAAUCAUUAGCAUUGUUAUGAACCUGUUUGUGGUUAUAAAUAAUUAAUGUUGACAAAAUAUGUGGGCAGAUCGUUGGAUUUUUUUUUUCAAACAUCAAUUAAUUCCAAAGUUAUACCAACCUUUUACAUGUUAUUGAUAUUUAGUUAACCGUUGAUUAUAUAUAAUUUAAACUAACAAAGUAGAGUCUGAUGUAGGUCUAUUCAACUAGGAUUCCUUUUUUGUGAAAGACCUGGUGGAUGUUUCAUAUAGCUGUUUGCAAAUUAAGAGCCACUUGUGAACCUUUCUUAGUUUAAUCAAAAUCACCAAUGAACAUUUAAUGGUGAAUAUCAAACCAAAAGAAAGGAUCACCUGUCGUUCUAAAAGUCAUAGUCAAACAGCUUAUGAAACAGCCUCCAGGUAAUAAAUAGACUGGUAAUUUCCAUUUUGUAUGGUUUUAUACAAUAUUUUUAUUUUUAUAGUUUGAAAUCCACCUUAUUUUUAUCUGAUUAUUUUUUUGAAUCUGAAUUGGUUGCUCACUUGUAGUUAGCUAGUUAGCAUUAGGAGAGAUGCAAUUACUUGUUUUCUAAUUUUCUCCUACAUGUAAGUUCUUGGUUCUAUUUGUUUAUCUAGAUGGUUAGUUUGACCAUCCACUCACUGGACUUUGGACUAUCUUUUAUAAAACUUUUUGUCAAAUUAAUGAUUUAAUUUUCUCCCAGUUGUUAUGGUCUGCUUUAACACCAAAGUCAGUACAUAGAGUCAUGAUUGAUUCAUUAUGCUAUUAAUUAUGUAUUAAUUCCAUCUGCUAUAUUAUUUGAUUAAUCAUCCUUUGAAUGAAGUAAUAUAUGUAAUAUUGUCAAAUGCAGUAUAUGUUAUGUAUUUGCUAUUUUCUUUAGAAAAUGAGUUCUCAAUAUUUGUGAAUUAAUAUUUCAUUUUGUCUCCUCACAGUUUUUAUUCGGACAAGAUUUGCAAACUGCAAAGUAUCUGUUUCAGAGCCUGUCUAAAUAAACUUUUCUUUUCUUCAGUUUACACUGAAAAAUUACAUUCAAUUUCCAACAUCUCAGAAAAUAUGAUUGGUUCUUAAUAGAAUCAGUAUCUUUGUCUAAACAUACUACAUGUAUAUCAAUUCUUAUCAUUUGUCAUUGUUAUUUAUUAUGCAUUGUUAACAUUAUUGCUUACUUAUAAUUAACAGUUUCUGUUUGUAGGGUCUGGUCACUCUGGUGUGAUAUAAUGUUGUUUGCUUUAUUGUACAUGAUUUCCAGGGGAACCAAACAAUAUUUAAACUGUUUACACAAUUGUUUUAUUCUUUGGAAAUAUAGCAGCAUUCUAUAUGUUUAUAUUAGUUUAUUAUCUGGUAUAAGAGUUAUGUUCGUAUAAAAGUUAUGUUCGUGUAAAUGGUAUAACAUCUUAGUUAAAUAAGACGGUCCUGGUAUGAUGUGAACUGAGUUGUAUGCAGUAUAAAUACUGAUCUCUUUAUCUUUUGAUCUGAUCAUGAAUUUGUAGCUUGAAUGUCAUGGAAUAAUUCUGAUUACCAGUAUGACAUUUGAACCAAUCUUUCUUGUUUCUGUAGGUUUUCAAUUAAAAUUUGUACCAAAUUAGAUGCGAAUUGUCCCCUUUUUAACUGAAAAUUUUUUUUAUUUCAAAGAACACUUGAGAUGAUUGAACACAAAUUCAAGUGAGAAAUCAGCUAUACCGGUAUACCUCAGAUACCCAGACACUUCAUUGUUUUGUGGAUUCUUAGAGAGGUUGAGAGAUUGAUGACUAUAUCAAACAUAUUAAUGUACAUUUAUUUUCUUACAAUGGGAAAAAGUUAAUAAUGUGAAUAUUUUAUGGAAGGAUAUUUAUAUGUACUUCUUUGUCGCCAUGAAUUCCAAGGACCGGCUACAUUGGACAUACAUGUUAAGAGUUACUAUAUGACAGCCAUACUAUUGAGGUUGGUUUGAUAAUGUGCUUUUUCUUUCUGAAUUUAAUAAAUGUUAUUUGCUACUUAAAGGAAAAUAUUGCUGCAUAUACACUAUAGAAGGUUCAAAUCACACUAAAAAUCAUACAGCUGAAGGAUGUUCCCCAGUUUUGUUUGUGUGUAUACCUAUCUGCGCAUAUGAGAUGGGGCGAUAGCUCAGUCGGUAGAGGGGGGGGGGGUUCGUAUUUCAGUAGCCCGGGUUUGAUCCCAUUUGAUGCAUUAGUGCCCUACGGUAUUAAGGCAUUUAAAUCCUCGUACCAGGUCCUGUGGAGAGGACCUUAAGAUGUUGGUCCGCUGGUUGAUUGCGUACAAGGCAAGCAUUGAUGCUUUUUUUAGCAAUUAGGUAAAAAAAUUACUACCAUUUACCAUAUUUUAUGGCAUACGCGUUGCCGUCAUUGAACAGGUGAGUAAUCAACUACAGAAAUCAGUUGAUUUUUCCAGUCAUCUGCAGUUUAACAGCAAAUCUAGAUGUUUAAUGUUCACAAAUCUUUAAUAUACCUUUCUCUACAACCAAGCGAAAUUUGGUGAAAAUGACAUGGGUUUUGAAUAAAGCUACUGUAGACUGUACUUCUUAAAUUUGUUAUGAAGUUCAAAUAUUUUAGAUACAUGUAUGUUUUUUUCAUCUUUCACAUCGGUUUUCAAAAUUGAAGAUGCUGCUGCUCCUCAAUGAUCAAGCAAAAAGCAAUAUGAGUAGAUUCUUUAUCUUUAAAGUAUAUAAUUCUGAACUAUCAUGUGAAAUUUUCUAAAAUUUAGAGGGAUUUUGACUGAAUAAUGGAGAUUUCAACUCAACUUUGUGAUCUUGUGGGGUCUAAAAAUGCAAAAUUAUUUUUAUUGCAUAUUUCUCGUGACCUUUCAAAUGGGUGAACUUCAGAGCUCGAUAGCAAAAAAUCCAGCACAUUAACUCAUGUUAAUUUUUGCAUAUUUGGAAUAAUUAGGUGCUCACUGAAAAAUUGGAUGAAAAUGACAUGGAUUUCAUUUUAACCUGUCGAAUGUCUGUGUAUGUCAUAUUCAGUGUUAACAUCUUGGUGAGGUCUAUAAGAUGUGUUUAAUUUAGAUGAUUUCUUAUGAUUUUUAAUUUAAAGUCAACUGUAUGAUAAUAAUACUACAAUAAACUGAUCAAUAAACUAAUACUAUA